AGGCCGAGGCCGGCGGAUCACCUGAGGUCGGGAGUUCAAGACCAGCCCGACAAACAUGGAGAAACCCCAUCUCUACUAAAAAUACAAAAAUUAGGCGUGCGUGGGGGCGCGUGCCUAUAAUCCCAGCUACUUGGAGACAGGAGAAUUGCUUGAACCAGAGAGGCGGAGGUUGCGGUGAGCUGAGAUCAUGCCACUACACUCCAGCCUGCGCAACAGAGCGAGACUCCGUUUCACACACACACACACACACACACACACAAAAAGAUCUGUGCUAGACGCUGAAAGGAAUUAAUCAGACAGGAUCUCAGUCUUUUAAGAACUUUCAAAUACAGAGGUGGUAACAAAUCAUUAGUGUAUAAUAUUGUAAGUGAAAAAUCAGAAAUGUGUGCUAAGUACUGGGGUAACACAGAGAUGGUAAUUAAUUCUGCCUGGAGAAGCAGCAGUGAAUGUGACAACCUGAGUGAGGGCGGAAAGCAGGAGAAUUUCUAGACGCUGAAUUUCAGAAGCUUCCGGAACUAAAAUGAUGCGGAAGUUGAGUGAGUCUCGGUGGGAUAUUGUUGCUGCACCUAGUCAAGGCCGUUUCGUCAGUGUUUUCAGACGCCCUGGGAACGCGCUGCAGGUGCGGGUCUUCGGUUUGCACAGCUAGAGGCCGCGCAGUAGCAAAGGAUGAGCGGAACCUUGGAAAAGGUGCUGUGCCUGAGGAAUAAUACCAUUUUUAAGCAAGCCUUUUCUCUCUUAAGGUUUAGAACUUCAAGAGAGAAGCCCAUCUAUUCUGUAGGUGGAAUUCUACUAAGUACCAGUCAGCCCUACAAGACAAAGCCCACCCAUGGCAUUGGAAAAUACAAGCACUUAAUUAAAGCAGAAGAGCCCAAGAAGAAGAAGGGAAAAGUGGAAGUGAGAGUCAUUAAUUUGGGGACAGAUUAUGAAUAUGGGGUUUUAAACAUUCAUCUGACUGCGUAUGACAUGACCCUGGCAGAGAGUUAUGCCCAGUAUGUUCACAACCUCUGCAACUCUCUCUCCAUUAAAGUCGAGGAAAGUUAUGCGAUGCCAACCAAAACCAUGGAAGUGUUACAUUUGCAGGACCAAGGGAGCAAAAUGUUACUGGACUCAGUGCUUACCACCCAUGAGCGAGUGGUUCAGAUCAGCGGUUUGAGUGCUACGUUUGCAGAAAUUUUCUUGGAAAUAAUCCAAAGCAAUCUUCCUGAAGGAGUCAGACUGUCAGUGAAGGAGCACACUGAAGAAGAUUUCAAGGGACGAUUCAAAGCUCGACCAGAACUGGAAGAACUGUUGGCCAAGUUGAACUAGCCACUGUAGACUCUUUCAUGCCCGCAGUGGUCAUAUUGAGUGCCAAGGAGAAGGGCUUACUGGGUAGUCAGAGUUCAUCAGGAGACCUGACCCUUAGAUUUCAUAAGUACCCAUUCUCAUAGCCAGUAAUGUCCUCACUCCUCUGUGGCAUGGCUGUACUUGCCAUUUGUUACCACUUAUCUAUGAGGCAACCCUUGUUAUCUUCCAUCUAAUAAAAAUCUGCUGCUGAUAUGUA